AUGAGCAGGCAGCGCGAGGAAGCGGACGGUGAUAGCUGCACUGAGGACUUCAGUACCCACGAUUCCAUAUCCGAGACCACCGAGGGUGGCUCCUGCAGCAAGACGAAGACUAAAGCUGAAAGUGAGGAAUUGGCCAAUAGAAUGGCGGCAGCUCUUCGUCGAGCUCGUCAAGACGGACUCCCAGACAGUUUGAAUAAGAAGCCACCUCUUUCAGCGGCCUUGGCUUAUCUGGCGAAGCAUAACAUCAAGAAGCGGAUUCUGCACGUUGGCAAUGCUUCCAAAAUGCCCGCUGAGUGCAGCGCCCCCGGGGGCGGCAUUGCCUAUCCCAAACUGACCAAAUUCAUCUUUGAUUACCGCAUCAGGGACCCGGAUACGCCCGAAGAAUUUUUGGACGACACGAAGAAGUCACCAACGCGUUCCACGAAAUUCCUAGUAGCCGAUUUGAGUUUUGACCUAAAAAAUGAGUUUUGGGAAUACUGUCUUCAGACUAUGGUAAUUGGCGAAGUGGCCUCCUUCAUGGUCCCUCCACGUCAACUUAUUUCCUUCCCUGCCGUGAACAAAAAACUUCGCGACUACAUGCUCGACAAGACCGGUCCUAGGGGCUCAAGUAAUGCUCCCAAGCACUCUUGUGCUUUCAUGAGUUUGCAGGCACAAGGUGGGCUCGGCUAUGCGGAUCUCGACGACCUCAUUACGAAUCCCCGGAUGUUGGAGUUCAUAUUUGAUUUGCAUUCAGUUGUUCUACCAAACGAAGCUAAAAAGGAAAGUUGGGUAAUGACUGCAGAGGAGAAGGCAGAAGCGAUACCAAACCUUCGAACUGAAGGAAAUGAACUGUACGCUUCAGGUCAUUGGUUUGAAGCUGCUGCUAAGUAUGAGGAAGCUCUUAACCUCAUCGAACAACUUGCUCUGUCGGAAAAGCCUGGCGACGCUGAAUACAUUCGUUUGGAUAACAUGCGCGUCCCCUUUUACGUGAAUAUGGCUCAGUGUCAAUUCAAAUUAAAGGAUUAUUACGGAGCAAUACGGAGUACCACCGAAGCUCUAUCCCGAGACAAGGACAACUUGAAGGCACUUUUUCGACGGGCACAGGCUUACUCGGCUACUUCCGAUGUUGACCUUGCAGAAGCCGACUUCUUACGAGUCAAGCAACUUGCCCCGGAUACGAUGGCGGUCAGCGUCGACCGUGAAUUGGCCCACUUGGCGAAUAUUUGCAGGGAAUGUAAAAAGCAGGAGAGGAGAUUACUCGCGGGCAAACUGUUCACCCAGUCUUGA